AUGGCGCGCCUCCUCGUUCUCGCCGUCACGGCCACGGUUCUCAUGGCUCGGUCCGGGCAGCCGUUGUCCGCUGCGUGGACGUUGCCAGCGGAAGCCUUCUGGCGCGCCACCCUGCCCGACGCCCCCAUGCCAGACGCCACCCUCGAGCUCCAGCCCCAGUUUGAUCACCACACAUCAACGGAACAGGGCGCAUACAUGAAUGCAGAGACUGGCACUCCGGAAGGCGCAGUCGCCGAGGACAGCGUGGAGGACAACGACCCGCUGCGGCCCAUGAACUUCAACUACGGCUACAACAACGCCUUGCCCCGGAGCGAAGCCACCAGCGCCCCCUCCCCCAACGUCCUACUGAACCGCGCCGCCGUCGUCCGCAAUGUCGCCACGCCGUCGUCGGUGGUGUUCUUCCUCGAGGACGACGCGGUGCGCGUCGGGGAAAGCCUGCCCUUCCACAGGAUCCAUCAGGCCGCUGCCGCCGCCGAGGCAUCGGCAGAAAAGCCACUGGAGCUGUAUGCCUUCCACUCCGUGAGGGUGGUCGAGGGGUCCAGUUUCGUCGUGUGCCGGGGAGAAGCCGGUGAAGGGGCCGUGUACGGCUGCCGCGCCACCGGCCCGGUGAGGGCCUACGUCCUGGCCCUGGAUGGCAAGCGCCGGGACGUGGCGAUGACCGCGGUUGCCGUGUGCCGCACCGACGCGUCCCGGUGGGACCCGGAGCAUGCCACCUUCCGGCUCCUCGGCAUGAAGCCCGGCGGCGCGGUGGUCUGCCACAUGGUGCCGGAAGCGCAGGUCCUGCCGGCCAUGAACGGGAAGAGCCCCGCCACCAACUAA